UUGGCGCUUCUUAGCCCAAACAGGAUUAGCGCGAUCCGACAGAAAGAGUGCCAGACCAAACUCUUUGCCAUUUCGUUGAUUUUGCGCCUAUCGCUGCCUCCAUCUUUGCCAAUUGCCUCCGCCGCAACACGAGGACGAUUCGAGGGUCUGGUCGAGGAAGGGCUCAGACGUCUUCAUACUCCCGCCAGCCGUUCACUUUAAAUUUUGCCCACAAAUCGGACAGCAGCUAUGUCUGACUACGGUGAUGAUGCUGGAGCCGCGGACGACGGCUACGAGCCCUACUUCGAUGACGGCAACAACUUUGACGAGGACGAGCCCGUCGACGCUCACGAUGUUGAAGAUCCCGAUGCGCGCGCCGCCCGUGGAGAAGGGGAGGAAGAGAUGAACGGAGUGAAUGGUGACCUGGGAGCGAACGGCGAGCAGGUCGUAGUGAGCGGUGAUCCCAGCGCAUCGGCGAAGAAGACUGGAGUUGUCGGUCUCCGCGAAAAGAAAAUUCCCGACGACCAGCGGACUACCACACCUUAUAUGACCAAAUACGAGCGUGCAAGAGUGCUUGGCACGCGAGCUCUGCAAAUUAGUAUGAAUGCACCAGUGUUGGUCGACCUCGAGGGUGAGACGGAUCCUUUGCAGAUUGCUAUCAAGGAACUGCGGGAGAAGAAGAUUCCUCUGGUUGUGCGGAGAUAUCUUCCUGAUGGAUGGUAUGAGGAUUGGACGUGCGAGGAGCUUCUGUAAUUUUAUCGCCGUUUGAAAAGUUGAUGGUUGCAUGGAAGUUGAUUUGCAUUGCCGAUAGUCUGGGAUCGUGCCGGUAGUUUGGAGUUGGUCAUAUUGUUUUAUUUUACAUGAAUCAAAAUUUCAGUCAAUCCACGUGUGCAGUAUCAUUACCAAUAGACCUUAUAUAAUGGUUUGUCCAGA